AUGACUCAGAAGUCAAUAAAGGCACAAGCUUUGGCUGAUCAUCUUGCAGAGAAUCCCGUGGAUGAAGAAUACAAACCACUCAAGACUUAUUUUCAUGAUGAAGAAGUAUCAUUUGCGGGUGAAGAUAUUUCUGAAACAUACCCAGAUUGGAGAUUAUUCUUUGACGGAGCGGCAAAUCACCAAGCUUGUAUUCUUGGUUUGAAAAUGAUCAUCGACCUGAAUGUUUACGAGUUACUGGUUAUUGGAGAUUCAGACCUUUUGAUUCAUCAAGUUCUAGGUGAAUGGGCUGUGAAGAACUCGAAGAUUAUACCUUACAAUGAAUUAGCCGACGCUCUUGCCACCAUCGCUUCGAUGAUCAAACAUCCGGAUACUGAUUACAUCGACCCACUGGAUGUAGAGUUGAAGGAACAUCCAAUCCAUUGUUCACAUGUUGAAUCAGAACCAGAUGGUUUGCCUUGGUAUUUUGACAUAAAGAGGUACUUGGAGUCUGGGACAUAUCCAGAAGACGCUAUUCUAAUCAGAAGAAGUCGAUACACCGUGCACGUUGGAGUUUGUGGCACACAUAUGAAUGGGCUUAAUUUGUCAAGAAAGGUCCUUUGA